AUGGAGGAAGUUGAAGAUAUCCAAUAUAUCGAUAAGAAUAUCAUUCGUUCAUUGUCAUCGGCUAAUGAUCAUAAUGUAUUACAAGAUAACAAUGAACGACUUAUAACCCGACAAGAUCCAAUAAUUGAUUCAGCCAUGUUCAAAGCAUAUGAAAUUUUACGCAAGAUUGCACUUGAUCAUGGUCUUGAAAAUGAAUUGGCUGUCCCUCGUACUGUUCUUGUUGGCGACACAUCAUCAGGCAAAUCGAUGCUUAUUCAAAUGUUUCUUCGAUUUCCAUGUGCUUUUUCACAAGCUAAUGUUGGUACUCGAUGUCCUGUACAAUAUAAAUUACGCUAUGAUCCAAAUUUAAACGAUGGUGAAAUUCGUUUCAUUCAACCAAAACAUUGGCGAGCUCAGGAUCUAGGCAAAAAUUUACAAAUAGAAAUGGCACGUAUCGAAAAUGAUCAUAAAAAUGAAGGUGGCUUUCGCCUUGAACCAUUUAUCAUUGAAAUUGCUAGCAAGCAUUAUACAGAUUUUGAAAUUCUCGAUGUACCAGGUCUAAUUAGCGGCGAUCGAGAUACAAACAAACGAGCAGCUGUUGAACGUAUUACUGAACAUUAUGUUCGUGAUCCAAGUUUUAUGAUUGUUCAACUCAAAGAAGCUCAACAAUUAGCCGAUAAUACAUACGGAACAAGACGCAUUGGUGAACUAUGUACUGAUGAACCAGCUCAUUGGGGUUCGAAAUUUUCUGCUCGAAAAGAUUAUAUUCAACAUACAAUUACAAUACAAACUAAGUUCGAUGCAUUUAUGCGUGAGCAUGAUAAUGGUACGACAGCCAAUGAUGAUAUUAGAACACGAAUCGAGAUUUUUCCAAAUACAUUUUUCACCAAUAUGAUCUUUGAUUUGUACAAUUUCACCGAUCAUUCAUAUGCAGAAAAUGUUGAAUAUAUUGCUCGAUUGCCGGAAAGAGAAAAAAAGGAAGUUGACGAAUGGAUCGAUCGUAUCAAUGCAAAGGCAGGUACAAGCGAUUCCAAAUAUCAUUUAUUCAAUCAACACUAUCGUCCAUUGAUUGGUAUUGAUGUUGUUCGACAACAAAUUCAAGAAUUAUGGUUACGGGCAUUUCGUGCUGCUCUACCACGAUUACAAGAGACAAUCAAUCGACUUAUUCGAAAGCAUUCAGACGAAUUUGAAACAGCAUUAUUUAAUUUCGAACAACAAGAUCCACGUACUGUACGCAAUAAUUAUCAGAGAUAUAUUGAAACAUUUCGAACGACAAUUAGUGACUACGCAGCUUAUCGAGCUGAAGUCAAUGCUUUGUUUCCAUUGGAUGAAUAUGGUCGAAGUUAUCAACAAAUCGAAAAUGAAUAUAAUACUUGGAAUCGUAAGCAGCCACUUACAUGGCGUGCUUAUUUGUCUGCUGAACAACUGAAACAAAAUUCAAAUGGACAAAUAUUGGCUACACUUGAUUUACGUUAUAUUGGUGCUCGACAUUUUGAACGCUUAAGACAGGUGAGAUGA